ACACAUACAGUUGAAGUCGGAAGUUUCCAUACACUGAGGUUCGAGUCAUAAAAAUUCAUUCUUCAACCACUCCACAAAUUUCUUGUUAACAAACUAUAGUUUUGGCAAGUCAGUUAGGACAUCUACUUUGUGCAUGACACAAGUCAUUUUUCCAACAGACUGUAAACAACACUGUAUCACAAUUCCAGUUGGUCAGAAGUUUACAUAACAUAACAGUCUGACUGUGCCUUUAAACAGCUUGAACAAUUACAGAAAAUGAUGUCAUGGCUUUAGAAUCUUCUGAUACGCUAAUUGACAUAAUUUGAGUCAAUUGGAGGUGUACAUGUGGAUGUAUUUCAAGGCCUACCUUCGAACUCAGUGCCUCUUUGCUUGACAUUAUGGGAAAAAUCAAAAGAAAUCAGCCAAGACCUCAGAAAAGACCUCCACAAGUCUGGUUCAUCCUUCGGCGCAAUUUCCAAAUGCCUGAAAGUACCACGUUCAUCUGUACAAACAAUAGUAUGCAAGUAUAAACACCAUGGGACCACACAGCCGUCAUACCGCUCAGGAAGGAGAUGCGUUCUGUCUCCUAGAGAUGAACGUACUUCGGUGCGUUAAGUGCAAAUCAACAAUUCCAGAACAACAGCAAAGGAUCUUGUGAAGAUGCUGGAGGAAACAGGUACAAAAGUAUCUAUAUCCACAGUCAUCACCUGAAAGGCCGCUCAGCAAGGAAGAAACCACUGCUCCAAAACCGCCAUAAAAAAAGCCAGACUACGGUUUGCAACUGCACAUGGGGACAAAUAAAGUACUUUUUGGAGUAAUGUCCUCUGGUCUGAUGAAAGAAAAUAGAACUGUUUGGCCAUAAUGACCAUUGUUAUGUUUGGAGGAAAAAGGGGGAGGGUUGCAAACCAAAGAACACCAUCCCAACCGUGAAGCACGGGGGUGGCAGCAUCAUGUUGUGGGGGUGCUUUGCUGCAGGAGGGACUGGUGCACUUCUACAAAAUAGAUGGCAUCAUGAGAAAGGAAAAUUAUGUGGAUAUAUUGAAGCAACAUCUCAAGACAUCAGUCAGGAAGUUAAAGUUUGGUGGCAAAUGGGUCUUCCAAAUGGACAAUGAACCCAAGUAUACUUCCAAAGUUGUGGCAAAAUGGCUUAAGGACAACAAAGUCAAGGUAUUGGAGUGGCCAUCACAAAGCCCUGACCUCAUCCUAUAGAAAUGUUUUGGGCAGAACUGAAAAAGCGUGUGCGUGCAAGGAGGCCUACAUACCUGAUUCAGUUACACCAGCUCUGUCAGGCGGAAUGGGCCAAAAUUCACCCAACUUAUUGUGGGAGGCUUGUGGAAGGCUACCUUUAACGUUUGACCCAAGUUAAACAAUUUAAAGGCAAUGCUACCAAAUAAUAAUUGAGUGUAUGUAAACUUCUGAGCCACUGGGAAUGUAAUGAAAGAAAUAAAAGCUGAAAUAAAUACUUCUCUCUACUAUUAUUCUGACAUUUCACAUUCUUAAAAUAAAGUGGUGAUCCUAACUGACCUAAAACAAGGAAUUUUGUCAGGAAGUGUGAACAACUGAGUUUAAAUGUAUUUGGCUAAGGUGUAGUCGCUCUGGAUAAGAGCGUCUGCUAAAUGACUUAAAUGUAAAUGUAUGUUAAAUGUGUAUGUGAACUUCAACGGUACUCUGGUGCUCAUAAACACUUAUGGUACACACAUAAUGUACAUUUCCUGCCACUCACACACUUAUGGUAUACACACACGCACACAUACACAAACUCAUGUCCGGUCUAAAUCUAGCAUGUUACUGUAAUGACGUGCAUUAUAGCCUACACGUCAUAUGAUGACCAACAGCUGUAGAUCAAGGUCAUUGCUACAUUUGAGCAACGUGUUCUGCUUUUGGACAUACCGUGAUUGCUGGAAUAUUAAGCCCACCUGAAUAUAAACCGCACCCACUGAAUUAUUAAAAAAUAUGUAUUUUGUACAUAAAUAAGCCGCACAUGUCUAUAAGCCGCAGGUGCCUACCAGUACAUUGAAACAAAUGAACUUUACACAGCCUUUAAACGAAACACGGCUUGUAACAAAAAUAAAUAGGCUUUAACGAAACACGGCUUGUAACAAAAAUUAAAACAGUAGCCUACCAAGAAAGUCAUUGGUCACUAUCUUCCUCCUCCUGUGCACUGAAACCACUGAAGUCAUCUCCUUCGGUGUCAGAGUUGAAUAGCCUCAGAAUUGCUUCAUCCGAUGUUGGAUCGUUUUCAUUGUCGCUCUCGUCACUUUCAUCCGGAGGCAAAUACCCCGCUGAGCUCAUGCUGCCCCUUCAACACGCAGCAGUCCAGCCUUUCGAAACCUGUUGAUGAUAGUGGAUUUUUUGACAAUGCUCCACGCUGUCAGGACCCACUGGCAGACUUGACCAUAAGAUGCUCUUCGCCUGCGGCCCGUUUUAGUGAAGGAUUUCUCCCCACUUGUCAUCCAAGCCUCCCACUGAACAUGGAGCGCCACCUUAAAUGCACGAUUUACACUGAUGUCGAGUGGCUGCAAAUACUUUGGGCCAUCUGCUUUUCUUCCCUCUGAAAGCUUUUGUUGUCUUUCUGCACUGAGUCAGUUCCUCACGCUGCUGUUUCCAACGUCUUAUCAUCGACUCAUUAAGGCCAAGCUCCCAUGCAGCAGCUCUAUUUCCUUUUCCAACAGCCAGAUUUAUCACCUUCAACUUGAAAGCUGCAUCAUAUGCAUUUCUCCGUGUCUUUGCCAUGAUGAGGGUGACAAAAUGACUACCGUAAUCAGAAUGAUGGGAAGUUUGAGCGCGCUCGAUUUACGUCAUGUGACGGUGCUCAGUUUUUUGGCGGCAUGAAUCUUGUGAAAGCGGGAAAAAUCCAUAAAUUCGCGUCAUUGUAUAAACCGCGAGGUUCAAAGUGUGGGAAUAAAGUAGCGGCUUAUAGUCCGGAAAUUACGGUACUCUAGUACAUUAUUUAUAUUGUCACAAUAUCUCUUUGUAUGAUUUCAAAACCAUUGGACUCUCCCAAAGGGUUUUUUACUUUGCGUUAAACCAGUUCUACGGUGUCCAUAGGACAGACUCAAGUCUACAAUUAGAUACACCAAAGCUACAAUUAGAUACACCAAAGAUACAGUAGGCCUGCAUUCAAAAUAUUUUGAAAGAGCUUACUUUAUUUGAAUUGUAACCCAGCAUUCCUCAUGCCAUGUUGAAGGAGAGUUAGCAGUGGGAAAGACAAUGGGGCAGAGCUUGACAAUUCUGUCUAGGGAUGAAAGGAUGGAUGCUAAGCUCUACAUAGGAGAAGUUGCUGAGGCUGGAUCCAGAACUUUUUCUGCUCUCUGUCAAGGCUUUCUGGUUUGCUGUGUUUGUGAAGAAUACCAAUGAAUUAGCAGCUCUACUGUAACCAUUCCUAACGGUUUUGCUGAUAUGGGAAGGAAAGUAUUUUUUGGUUUUUGAAAAAUGUUGUUAAGUUAGGAAGACCCUUAUUUUCCUAGCUUGUCUGUCAUUAUAGCUGUAGUUUGGUUGUUUGUGAAAGUUUAACUAAGGCUAUACAUUUGUAACAGAGUAGGUUCCGUCCCUCUCCCUCACUUGGCAGGAACCUGGGACCCUCUGCACAACAACACUUCACACUCACAAACCUGCAUUACAAAUAUCGCUCCACAAAAACCAUAGCCCUCACAGAGCAAGGGAAACAACUACUUCUUGGUCUCAGAGCGGGUGGACACUACCUGCACAAUGGACGCUACUAGCACAUUAGCGCCUCAUCAGACUCCCUCAGCCGUCUUGUCAGGCCAAUACCUGGUAUUGGAUAUGACAGAAUUGUUUUUUGCUAAAUAGCGAUUUUCGUAGAUUAACUUUAUGACAAAAAAAUAUGCACAAUCGUUUGUCUCUACAUUAACUAACAUAUUCCUCUCAAUUGUAAGUGUUUUGCUUGACUCGAUAUGACGUUAUAACUACUUACAUUUGCUUCCCCGUAAUGUUUUGUCAGCCAUAUUUGCUGAGGAAAGUCACCAAGGAGGGGUGGCUCAUGUCAAAUUCGUCAUUGGAACCACUCAAUAUGGUUGGUCAUGUAAAAACCUUGGGGCCCAAAUGCAUAAUGAGUGCUCUAACUCCUCCUUGUGGUGGUCUGGAGCAAUGAAGCUGUGACGCCGGGUACUUCUAAGCGGUGUAAGCUCGCAACUUUUAAAGGGGGAACCACUGUAUAUGGUUUCUCUGUUGCUCUAUCUGUGCUAUAAGGGGUGCUGCUAGGAUAUGUAUGACAGGGUAUGUACGGUUAGGUAUAAGUAGGUCUUCUCUAUUAAGACUUGAAUGUUGUCUGCUAGCCAUACAUCAUUACAAAGUAGUUAAUGACAUUGUGCUGUUUUUGAGAUGGUGGUGUACAUUCUUAGAUGCAGCUGUUGUCCUUAUCUGCUAUGUGUAUAUUGAAAGUUCCAUUUAAAUUCAGGUUUAUAAAAUAUUUGUGCAUACUGGAAUAAAUGGGGAAUGCUGUGGGGGUAUUUGUUCAGUGAGUGUAACGGUUACUACUACACAGCAGUCAGGGUUGGGCAGGUUACUUUCUAAAUGUAAUCUGUUACAGUUACUAGUUACCUGUCCAAAAUUGUAAUCAGUAACGUACGUUUGGAUUACCCAAACUCAGUAAUGUAAUAUCAUUACUUUCAGUUACAAAGGAUCCAUUGAACGCAGUGGGUGUGUCAUCAUAGUGUUUUCUGACUUGUGGUCAGACUCUUUCAGGUAGGACUAGAACAAACUUAAACUUGCGCCUUUUUUCAAUGCUGGAUUGAAUGUCAUUGAGAAAACAGCAACCAAUUGUGGUUAUUUACCACACAUAUGUGGAACCAUUUACAGGAGCGUGGUUAGUGAAUAAAUGUAGUGAUACUAAAGAAGAGGGUUUAGAGGAAAUAGAACUGUGUUGGGUAUAUCAUCCUAUGUUACGUUCUACUACCUGUAUACGGGGAUAGAACUGGGUUUUUAUUCAGUACCAUACAGAUAAGUCACUCAGUCCACAUUACAUAGAACCUGAUUAAAACAAAAUCACAGGUCACCAUGACAGAUUCAACCAAAAGCAGUGCAGCGACAGUGGAUCCCACACCAAUGAAGGCUGGGCCUGACCUCUCUGACACUGGCCUGACUGAUGCUGACUUGGAGCUUUUUGUUGACGUUUCUGCAUAUAUGGAUCAAACUACAGGGAAGAAACUUGCAGGGUUUGGUAUUGUGACAGUUGAUAGAACCACUCACAUACAACAACCAUUACCAGAUACUUUCUCAGCUCAACAGGCUGAACUUUUGGCACAACUACUGCCUGUAAAAUGGGAGAAGGGAAAAGGGUUAAAAAAAAUUCUGAUUCUGCUUAUGCAAUAGGGAUUUGUCUCUCCUUUGUCUGGAGGAGUAGGGGGUUUCACAAUGCUUGUGUAAUUCCUAUUCAUAAUAGAACUAUGGUUUUAGAUCAUUUGGAGGCUAUGGUGCUGCCCUCUGCUUUAGCUAUUGUGAAGGUUGCUGCUCACACUGGGGGGAACGAUUUUGUGAGUAUGGGUAACGCCAUGGCAGAUGAGGCUGCUAAAUUGGCUGCCUCCAAAUCUCAUAGCCACUCCAUGUUCUUCUCUGCUACUGUUGGGAAAGACACUGAUGAUUUGGCGUCUAAACAGGCUUUGGAUGUUGGUUUUCAUUUGGUAUGGCAACAGCUUGACCCUGUUUCAAAAAUUUGGAGACAGACUUGUCUUAUCGCCUCUGUUUACCAAGUGGCCCAUGGUAUGGCCCAUUUGUGAAGGGGGGGAUAUGAUAGAGGCAGUUUCUUUGGAUUGGUUUUGUCCAAAUUUGACUCAGCAUGUGAAACAGUUUCUGUUUCAAUGUGCUACGUGCAUGCAAUUUAACAUUGCCAAAGGAGCACCUCUGAAACUAGGUAAUUUCCCUACGCCAAGAGGACCAUUUGUCCAUCUUGCCAUGGAUUUUAUAGAUCUUGCAGAAAGAAAAGAAAGGACAAGGUACUGUUUAGUCCUUAUUGACAGGUUCACCAGGUGGGUGGAGGCAUUUCCCACCACAUACUGUGAUGCUAAGACAGUAGCAAAGCUACUAGUGUGGGAGAUAAUACCUCGAUUUGGUGUUCCAGAGGUUUUAUCUGCAGACAAUGGUACCCACUUCACUGGUGAUGUAGUGAAGCAGGUAGCCAUAAUGAUGGGAGUGGACCAGAAGUUUUUGUCCAUCUACCACUCCCAGAGUAAUGGGGUUACCGAGAGAGCUAACCAAUCUAUUAAACAAGUGUUAGCUAAGGCAUGCCACUCCACCAAGAAAUCUGUUUACCGCUGGUGUUAAUGAAAAUGUGCAGUAGUGUUAAUAAAGGUUAGGGGUGUUACACCACAUGAAAUGUUGAAAAGAAGACCCAUGAAUGUUCCCGCACACAGACCCAUGACUGAUACACAAAUAGACCUCACUCUAGCUGAAGUAGAACACUUGGAGUACAUGAAAGAGCUAACUACUAUUGUCAGAUCUCUCCACUCUCACACUAGGAAAGCUCAGGAGGAGGUACCAGUUGAGGACCCCGACUGCCUGCCUGUGGAGAUUGGAGACUGGGUCAAAAUCCGGGUCCACAAGAGAAAAUGGAACCAGCCAAGAUGGAGGGGGCCAUUCAAGAGCGCCCACCUGGCGGUGAUCGACACACUGAUGACAGCGUACACGGUGGAGACUGUGAGCUUGGAGAAGGUGGUGGCGUGCGUCCUCCAGUACUCUUCCCACAGCGACGAAGACGCCGACACCCCAUACGACACAGAGGACGCCAUGACCAGCUGGAUCAACAAGGUAAAUGAGUAUCUGAAAGAUAUCAUUUCUCAGGAGCUGAGGAGAGAGAUGCAGAGUGUUGAGCCAGUUGGCAAGCCAGGGUCUCCGACCAAAUGGUACAUGAAACUAGUGCCUGCUCGCUACAGGAAGGAGCAGGCGGUGGCACAGCAGGUGCCCUGGAUCCCCCCCGUGGACAACCUGUUGAAGGACACCACUGACGGCUGCGCCCUGGCCACUCUGCUGCACUUCUACUGCCCACAGCUAGUCAAACUGGAAGAUAUCUGCCUUAAGGAGAGCAUGUCACUGGUGGACAGCCUGUACAACCUGCAGCUGGUGCAGGAGUUCUGUCAGCAGCACCUCAACCGCUGCUGCCACUUCAGUCUGGAGGACAUGGUCUACGCCUCCUCUUCAGUCAAAAAUAACUACCUUGUGUUCAUGGCCGAGCUGUUCUGGUGGUUUGAAGUGGUUAAGCCCCCCUUUGUACAACCAAGAGUUCUGGACACUGAAGAGCCAGCCCUCGCAUCGUUGAGGAACAUGCCCUCUGUUCCCGUCUCCAAUGUCACCAAGACGAGCUUCAUGGAGAGACCGCCCAGCCCAGAACGACCCAGCCUGCCUCUCCAACCACGACCUAGGAACUCAGGUGAAAUAAAGAGAUCAACCUCAAUGUCCUUUGUGGAUGGCUGUGUAGGAACUUGGCCCAAGGAGAAAAGGUCUGGGCCUUACGGUGUAUCCUUCGACAUCCCUUUUGACAAAGAGGACACCACCCAGACAUCCACUCCCCCCGGCCGUAGCAUGACUCGCUCUGCCAGCACAGAGGGCUUCAAGGUUCAACAGAUGCCCCGGGGCAUGAAGAGGAACCUGUCCUUCCAGCCCAUCAACGGGCAGGGAACGGGCAUCGAGGAGGAGGGCCACCUGGACAACCUGGCAGGGCCCAAUCUGCCCAGACAGCCUGGCAGGCCUGAACCCCCUGGAGGCCCACUGAGGUUCCCCAACGGUGGCUCAAACCUGGACGGGCACGGAAAUGGCAUCGCCACCCCCAGCAUGGAGGAAGCCCUUCAGAUAAUCCACAACACCGGUAGGCAGGCCCCACAGCGCCCUCUGACAGAGGGCAUCAAAAAUGGGUUCUUCCUGCACAGUCCAAACCAGGGCAGAGGAGGUGGUGAAGUUGGCCUGGAUCCUAAUGCUCGACCGGAGAAGAGGGACCUGGACUCGUUGAGCACCACAGACACUACGGAGGUGGACACGGGCAUCCACGUGAGGACCGAGGACAUCGCUGAGACCCUGGAUGAGGACUCAUCGCUGAGGGAAGCUCUGAGCAUGGAGCUGGACAUGGACACGCCCAGCCCCUGCCCAAGCAGCUCCGGCUACGCCAAAUCUCCCUCCACCAGCUCCGGCACCAAGAUGACCAGCUUUGCCGAGCAGAAGUUCCGGAAGCUCAGUGUCCCCGAAUCGGGAGGAAGAAGCAGCAGCAGCGGGGGCGGCAGCUCCCUCAAGACCACCCCCGAGGGCUCAGAACUGGGCCUCCCGUUGUCCGUCUCCUGGGCACCCACUCCGGAACACAGCCCCGUGCAUCAACAGAUUGCGCCUCUCACCCAAGACACUCCAACUGGGCCAGCCCAGGCCCCUCUCCCUAGCGACCCGGCCCAGGCCAUGGCGACAGAGAUGGUGGAGCUGCGCAUGCGCCUGGAGGAGAAGCGAAAAGCCAUUGAGGCGCAGAAGAAGAAGGUGGAGGCCGCAUUCACUCGCCACCGCCAGAGGAUGGGCCGCUCCAUCUUCCUGGACGUGGUCAAGAGGAAGGGUGACGGCGCCUCGGGGGUAGGAGGACAGGAGGAAGGGGGGAAGACGACAACGGAAGAUGAGAGGAAAACAGGGAGGAGCAAAGCGGACACGCCCGACGGGGCUGAGCAGGGGCAGGGACUCUCUGGGGCCCGCUGGCUGAAAUCCUCCUCCUCCGGAGGAGGAGGAGAAGAGGGCGGUCAAGGUCCCGCCGGAGGUCAAGGACCCGGCGAGGUGGAUCUAGCCGAAUACACAUGCUCCAUCGAGAAGCUGAACCACUCGUUGGGCUUCCUGCAGACAGAGAUGCAGCGCCUGGCCCAACAACAGGAGGUCAUCAUGGCUAUGAGAGAACAAAAGCAACAACAGGCCUGGGUCAUCCCCCCUCCCCAGACCUCGCCACAGAAAUACACCCGCGCCUCCACCCGCUCCUCCGGCUCACCCUCCCCGGCCGACUCACCCUGCUCCGCCCACCGCUCGCCCACCAGCAUCAAGAGGAAGUCUGCCUCCUUUCACUCACGGAACCCCCGCACGCCGCGCCCCAGCGAGCUCAAGCUGGCCCCCUAUAACCGCUGCCUGACAGCACCCCAGUCUGUGGACAGCCUCCCCCGCCUGCGCCGGUUCUCCCCAUUCCAGCCCAUGGCCUUUGCCUACAUGGGGGAGAAACCCGCCGGUCAAACCACAGAGACAGAGGACAAGGAUAGGGACAGGGACACUGAACCGCUGCUAUCCCCAGAGACAGAGGCAGGUAGUGCCUCUUCUCCCUCCUCCCCAGCCAAAGACAAGCAGAAAAGACAAGAAGGGACCCGAGAGAUUGCCAAGAAGGAUGAAGCAGAGGAACAUGAGGAGAUGGAAGUAGAGGAGAAGAAGCAGGUGAAAAUGGAUGAGCUCAAACCCAUAAUAGUGUCGACUGUAUCUGAAGUGCUGGCCCAGCCAGUGAAAGAGACCUUUACAGUCACCCCCACCGAGACCCCCCUUAUCUCAGACCUCUUUGGCGGGGCAAGAAGCAACCUGAUUGAGGUGCCUCUGUAUGUGUUCAAGCCUCUUGAGGGAGAAGGCAUGGAGGAGAGUGGAGACAUGGAGGGGAUCUAUGGUGAUGACGAGAAAAUGUCCUGUGGCUUUUUCUUUAAGGAUGACGGUAAGGGGGAGAACAACAUGGCUCAGAAGAGGGCUGCUCUCGUGGAGAAGAGGCUGAGGAGGGAGAAGGAGAUGCAGCAGAAGAAGCUGCAGCAGGAGGCGGAGCUAGAGCAGAAGAAAGAGGAGGCACGAGUGAAAGCAGAGGAGGAGCACGUGAGGAAGGAGGAGGAGAAGGCCCGCCGGGAGUUCAUCAAGCAGGAGUACAUGAGGAGGAAGCAGCUCAAGCUCAUGGAGGACAUGGACACAGUGAUGAAGCCGCGGCUGGCCGGCUCCAAACAGAGGAGAGCCCGGCCCAAGUCCAUCCACCGGGACAGCAUGGACUCCCCCAGAACCCCGACCAGGGUGGCAGGUUCACGACCUCGUGUUUUUUCAGUCUCCAGCUUGUCUCUGGCCUCGCUCAACCUGGGAGACAGCGACAGUGUGCACUCUGAGAAGAGAACACCAAGAAGUGCUAGCUUACAUUCUGGCAGCCUGUGCUUCUUUCUGAGCUCUCCUAAACUGAGAAGGAGAAGGCCUGAUUCUGCAGAUGGUUUUCUGUCCCCUUGUCGAUCUGGGAGCCGGAAUGGGGAGGACGAUUGGGAGAACGGUUCCACCACCUCGUCUGUUAAAUCUAACACAGAGUACACCGGACCCAAAUUGUACAAGGAGCCAAGUUCCAAAUCGAACAAGCAUAUCAUUCAGAACGCACUGGCCCACUGCUGCCUGGCAGGCAAGGUCAACGAAGGCCAGAAGAACAAGAUUCUAGAGGAAAUGGAGAAAUCUGAGGCCAACAACUUUUUGGUGUUGUUCCGGGAUGGGGGUUGCCAAUUCCGUUCUCUGUACACGUACUGCCCCGAGACGGACGAGGCCACCAAGCUGACCGGCAUCGGGCCCAAUCGCAUCACCCGUAAGAUGAUUGAGGGCCUCUACAAGUACAAUUCAGACAGGAAGCAGUUCAGCCAGAUCCCCGCCAAGACCAUGUCUGCGAGCGUGGACGCCAUCACGAUCCACGGCCACCUGUGGCAAACCAAGAAACCAGCCACCCCGAAGAAAGUGGUACCUGCCAAGCCCUAAUGGAACUUGCUGUACACUCCCAGCCACCCCCACCAUUUCCCUUCAAAUGGAACAGUCCACAUUCAAUUUGCACUUCACUGUACAUAUCCAUGAGGAUUCAGCACCUGCAAUGCCAGUUAGAGGAAUGCAUACUUCUGUUUGUGUUGUUUUGUUAUCUCUUUUCAUUCCUGUUAAUUUUCCGUUAAAAUUCCAAACUGGACAUGGGGACUCAGUUAAAGAUAUGCACAACUGGAAUGUAAAACACUAUUUAGUUAAGAGUUGUAAAUGGAUAUCACUGAUGUGUUUAGUACAAGAGAUUGUCUGGUUUUAGCCAUUUUAUUACAGCAAGUGUGUGUGUGUGUGUAUGUGGUUUUGUAUAUGCCAAAAGAGAGACAAAAAAGAAAAGAAAUGAAUGCCAUAUGUUUUAUUUGGCACACUGAAGCACUGAAUGUUACUCAUCUGUAUAGACAGAAUUUUGCUGAUCUGUUCAAAUGUGUGGCCUUACGCUUGUUUUGUUUUUGUAUGUCAGUGCAAUGAGCUGAUUUGUAAACCUAGUGCAAUCAGCUCAGAGACUUUUGUAUGCUGUAUGCUGAGGUGACAAUGCUUUUUCCAUGUUUUAGGUUCAAAUGCAAGCUGCAUAAGCUACACACAACAUUGAGGGCCAAAAAACAAGAGCAAAAAACCAACAAGCACACAGCUAGUGUUAGCCACCCAAUACAUUGCAUGACUAGGCCAAGUGUUUUUUUCCCCCCAGCUUAUCCCUCCAUUUAAAAAACAUGUGUUUUAAAGAACACAUCUUAAACCACACUGUACUUUCUUAAUGCUGUGUGUUCACAGCAGGUUUGUGAACUAAAAAUAAACAUAUGUUUUUACGUUACCUCCUUUCAAUUGUCACAAAAUGGACCAGAUUUGGUGAAAUGUCUGUUAUGUCUGUCUGUAAUGAAGUUUCUUAACUAUGGAUAUAAACUUAUGAUAUAGAACAAUUUAAUGUUAUUUUAAGGAUUGUGAUUUAGAUUUUGGACUAUGAAAAUGGACUACAGCCCUAGUUAGGUACGAUUACAUGUAUUAUACCAUAAACAGUAAUUAUUGUUGAUUCUGUUUUAGUUCAGUCAAAAAUGUUUUCAGAAUUUUAUCAUUUUUAAAAUUCUCAAUGUCAAAUUCCUUGUCAAAAGUUUGUUUAUAGGAUACUGCUUGACAGUGAGAUUAACACACAGCUUGUAUUAUUUUGCAUACUUAUCAGGUAUAGAAAAAUACUGAUUUAUUUCAUUUGCAUUUAAGUAUUUCAAGACAAUUAUGUAUCACAUGUUGUGGUAGAUGCCACACAUCUACUGCACACAUGGAGACCAGACUGAUGUUCUGUAAGGCAAAGAUUUUUUUCCCUCCUCUAAUAGCUGACUGAAGGCAGAAUGUGGCAAAGUUUGUCACUCCAAUACGGGUAGAGGCUUCUUACUGUCUCCCACCAGCGUCAGCAUUUUCCUUUUGUCUAUUAAAGUAGCCUCGUCGAGCAACAACUUGUGUAGGUUGGGGAUUAAAGGAUGAAGAGAUCACAAACAUACAGUACUCCCCACACCCUAUACGAUUCAAACAUUGGUGUUUGGUUUUCAUUGGGGUAUAUUUAUAGAAUUACCAAAAGAGAAUUUUGUAGAAAAUGAUAUUGCUAUGGGACUACUGUUACAGUUGUCUUAUUAGGCCGUUUAAGGCCAAGAUUAAUGGCUAUUUAUUUAUAAAUGAGUGGACAUUGUACAGUGUUGCCGUAAAUUAGUCUGUCCAUCCUCCUGAUGAAGCAUUGCUUCCAUUUUGUUUAUCAGACCGUCUGGUGUCAUUCAACAUAUUGCUGAACAUUGUAGGUUUGUUUUCUUUCUUUUGCAUUGAAUAAAAUGAAGCAUGGCCUCAA